GAGAAUAUGGUGUAUGUACUAAGAAGCUCACAUUAAAACAAAAAAUGAGACAAAACUUAAGUGUUUUAAGAAUGUUUAUCAGUGUUAAAAGGCUAUGACUAAUAUUUUUUUUUUAAAGUUCCUUCCGAAAUGAGAGUGAUUUAUGUUUAGUCCCAAAGUUUGUGAGUUCAGUGAACUAUGGUGGGAAAGAUAACUGGGAUAUGUAGGAAUAUUCUUUAUUUGGUCUCUUAUUAAGUAUUCAAGUGUUUCAUCUCCCCAUGGGUUCUCUCAGGUUCUAUAGCAGCAGGGGCAGCUUAAUCAAUUAAUAAACAUAGGUCACAUAGCUGGGCAAACACAAAUGUCACCGCAGAUAUUAUAAUGUGUAUUUAAAAGAAAGCGGUCUUGUUUGAUUCAAAUUCGUAGAUAAACACAUUGUCUACCGGUGGUCCCUGAUGAUAGCGCAUUUGGUUCGGUUUUUUAUUGGGUGAAAUAUCGACAAAGUGUCAGUAGUGGCUUAUCUGGAGAUCCCCUUAGAACUUCUGCUGGGAUCUUGGGAUUAGCAGUUACCUGCAAGUGUGGCCUAGCAAGAAGAAAUUCAAAUCUUAUUUCUAAGUUGUAAUAAUUUAAAAAGUGAAAGUCAUUGAAACUAAAUGGGCCUUGUUUCUGUUGUUUAUCCAUCUUUUUAGAAAUUGCCAUAUGCAUGCUGCUUAGUUUUCUUAAAAGGAAAAAUUAAGUUGAAAUCAUUUCCUACAAUGAAUUUCAAUACCGGUAUGCCAUCUUUUGAACAGUUGGUGUUUUAAGUAAUUGAAUAACAUAAAAUGCAAAUACACAUUUAAUCUGUGACUGUAGGCUAACGUUUAAGAUAAAAACCAUUUAGAAUGGGCAGAAGAAUAUACGUAAAUGGUUUUAUUAUUAGAACCAUCUAACAUUGAUAGAAUUGGCUGGGUUCUUUGGAAUUGUUUUCACUUUUCUGGUGACCAUGAUUACAUUGUUAACUUUAUUUAUGUAAGAUCGCGGGUGACUGCCAUUGUGUGUGUAUAUGCCGCACAUUAUUCACAGAAAACAAAUAGGCAUUUCGAUAUGUGAUAGCUGGGGGUGACUCCCAAUAAAUGAUAAGUCCAAGAUUACCACUUUCCUUCUGCCGAUAAUGUGGAGAAAAUAUUGAAAGGCGAUCAACGCAUACUUAUGAAGGAGUAAAAUUUCCACCUUAUAUUAAAUGCCUCUGCAAUAAAAUUGGAUCAAACCAUCAUUAAAUCUGUAGAUAUAUUAAAAAGUUGAAGUUGGCAAGGAUGAGAAACCAGUGUUGACAGAUCCUGCAGUUUUUGGACAAGUAGUCUGCUUAGGAUGUGAUCUAAUACUAAAUGAUUCAUAAACUGUGACCUGAAGAUCCUCAAGAGGAAUGGAUUUUUGCUGAUCUGUGAUGACAAGGAAAUUCUUUUUACUGGCCUUGAGGACUCAUCAAUCUUUGGCACAGAGCUUUUAAAUGACAUCAGUUAAAGACCCCCUCAAGACAAUGGGUGUUUGAAUUCAAGGUUCUGGAUACUGGCCUAACUUGGAAUCUUUGCAGACUGUGCUGAGAGUAAAGUGCAUCAUAAUUUAUUGCCGCAUUGUCUUCUGAAAUCAACCUUAGUCUUGUCUGCAACUUGAGAUUUAUCCAUAGCUGGUGUCAAAAGUUCUGGAAGGGCUGGUUGUUGUAGACUGUUCUGAGAGACAAUUGCAUCAUAAUUUUCAUUGCGCUGUCUACUGAAUUUUAUUCAAGUCUUAUGAUAGUUUGUGUUAGCAGUUCUUGAAAGCCAUUAUAGUUGUUUUUUUUUACACUUUGUUAAGAAUUAUGUUAUCUAUUUUAGAUGCAAAUAAGAAUUAACAAAAGAUAUUAAUCAGAUGUGUUUAAUUGAUCUGGAAUUAGGUUAGAAGUAUUAACAAUUUAUGGGUCAGAAUUAUAAGUGUAUUAAUUAUUUGGGUCAAUAGAAAAACUAGUUCUACGGCUUCUUCCAUUUAGGUCUAAUAUUGAUGUGUUCUGUGUAAUUCCAGUGUUAUGUUAAUGGUUUUAAUGUUCUGGAAGUGGACAAUGCAAACAUGCAAAUUUAUUAAUGGUAUAGUUUGUAGCUUAUAUUUAAAGAAAUUUAUCUAAUGCUUAUUGGAGAAUAACUUCAAAGGUUAAUGAUUUCCAAUGGUUUAAAUACACAGGAAAGUAUUGUAAUAGUAAUUGUGGGGUUAUAAAGUAUUACACUUAUUUAUACCAAUCGAAGACCUAUAGCUAGUACCAAUAUCUGGUUUGAAAAGUCAAGUCGAUUUUUUAGCCUAUCAGAAUAAGAGGAAGAAAAAUCAAUAAGUGAAAUUUAAAAUGUGUCUGAAGCUGUGCUUUUGUAGCAGUUUGAAGGCUUUAUGGCUUUUCGAUAAGAAAAUGUGUAUCAUAAGUGAGUGAUAAGCACCCAGUCUUCAGAGAAAUCAAAAGGCCAAGUGACAUUUUGAUUUAUUUCCCUCGAGGAGUGUACAACUGGAAGUCCAUUCAAUCGGAUGUAAUAAAAAAAAUUUUGUCAUGAAUUUUUUGGAACCUUAAUAUGGUAUAUGUUGAUUGAAUACCCAGCAUAAAGCAUGGCUACUACACCCUCUCCGAGAACUGAACGGCGAACUAAACAUCCUUAUCCUGGUCUUCCAAGUGCUUUGAAACACAAUGUGAUAGGUGAUGAAAUCGAAGAUGAGGAACCACCAAUUAAAACUGUUGUCUAUGUACCGAAUCGUUCUAAAAUCAAGGAACAGUUUCCAGUGGUGUCCGUUCACAAAAGAAAAGAUGGCCGCUACGUUGUUGUGGAACAAAGGCCUGUACACACAUAUUUUUCCGGAGAAAAAUUCAAUGAUUUAAAAACACUGGAAGAGAAAGAGGACCGGAUAAAUCGAGAAACCAAAUAUAAAUAUGUCAAGCCACCCUGGAAAUGGUCUUCGAAGGGAAAAGUUAUGGAGAGGUCAUUUGAUAGAAAUUACUACUACCCUCACCUUCCUCCCAUUAACAAUCACUUAGAGACUGUAACUUCAAAAGUAGGGUCAUUAGACAAUGCAGAGUAUACACCCAGACCCUCAAAUAAAAAAGUGCCUCAUUUUCAUGUCCACUGGGAGGCGGAACCCAAGGUUGGAUCGCUGGAUAACGUGGAUUACAAGAAGAGAAAGUCAAGAAGUCACCCUGCAUCAGAAAUGGGAAAUGGAUCAGAUGUCAGUGAAUUUGAGACCCACAGUCUAAAGCUUCCACCCCUGAAAUCAAGAUAUGGAGGUAGCGGAGACAUUGGGGCCUUUGGAAAUGCUCAUUUCACUCCAGGAUCAACACAUUCCUCACCAAAGUCUAUUAAGAAUGCAGCAAAAUCAAAGAUAGGCUCUCUUGACAACAUCCACUAUAAGCCAAGAGGUGGAGAUGUGGAGAUCCCUCAUUUUCCACACGACUUUAAAGCUGAAUCCAAAAUUGGAUCUCUAGAGAGGGUUUUCCAUAGCCCUGGAGGAGGUGAUGUGCAGAUAAUUGACCUGAAGCCGAAAUGGAAAUCAAAGCCCAAGGUUGGAUCACUUGACAAUAUUAGCCAUUCACCUCAAAAAUCGAGCUUCAAAGUGCCACAUUUCAGUGAUGAUUUUAAGCAGAGAGCAAAAGCUAAAAUCGGUUCUCUGGAAAAUGCUGAGCAUACACCAAGAACAAACAACCCACAGAUAUUCAAUACAAAACUGAAUUGGAAAAAGGAGUCCAAGAUUAGUGCCUUGUGGAAAACCAAGCACAGAUACGAUGAUCCUUACGAUCCUGAGUACGAUGAGGAUGCUGAAAUAGAGGCUAGAAUUCGAGAACUGAUGAACCGUUGAUUAGUUGUAGGGACCUUUUUUAUGACUUUUGCCAAGAGCCAAUUAGCUUGCCCUAGCCAUUAUUUUGCAGAAGUAAUUUUCAAAGUAUCAUGAUAAUUUUUAAAAUAUUCUUCUUUUGAACCAUGUCUUUUAGACUGAAUAUUUUGAUUUGUUUAGAGGUUGAUCAGUAUAGAGAUGAUCUCCCAGAUUUCAAUGUGUUAUUAGGGUAGUGUUGACUGCAUGAAUAUUUAAUUCUCUAAUAAUCAUGUGAAAUGAACAAUGAUGAUGACCCAUUUGAUACCAAAUCUAUAUUAUUUUGAUAGAUUCAAUUGUUAGUUCAUUCAUCACUUCGAUUCUUUCAAAUGUUUUUUAUACAGAUCCAUAUUACAGCAAUUAGUUACAUUAACAAAUGAAUGAAAAAAAUUGAUUUUUUUAAUGUAACAAUUUGUGCCUAGAUAUGUAUAUCAGUUAUAAAGGAAAUUAGAAUUGUGAUCUGAAUUUGCAUUGUUCAUUGCCUUUUUUUUUUUAUAUUCUGAAUUCAUGUUGGUCUGUUGUAAGAAAAAUAUGGAGUAAUAUAUAGAAUUGAUUAGUGUCCAAAACCUCUAUCUUCUUUUAAUUUCAAUAAACAUGUUAAAAGCUUA